AUGGCAUCACCAAAGUCAUUUCUUGGCAAUCUGUUCAAGAGGAGAUGUUCAGUAGACAAUCUGUGUCCCAUCUGCGAGAAGGAAGUAGAAACUACGGAACAUUUGUUUUUUUUGUGUCCAUGGGCCAAAAUGGUAUGGUUUGGGUGCAACAUUAAACCGCUGGGGGAUUUGGGUGGUAAUGGCUCUGUGAUCAAAUGGGUAGCUGAUAUGAUGGAAAACUUGACAGUAAAGGAGGUAAUUAAUCUCAUGGGCAGAGUGGCUCUAAUAGCGUGGAACAUAUGGAAGUCAAGGAAUGAUUUUGUCUUUAACAAAACGAAGGUUAACCCACAGCAUACAAUAACAUCAUUUCUCCAUGCUGAGAUGGAGUUUUUAAAAGCUUUUGAGAUUCCUAAAGUCCAGAUGGAUAACCCACCUAAUCAGGAGGAUUUAUCCACCUGGAGGGCUCCGGACAAGGGCAGAUUUAAAGCAAAUUGUGACGCAGCCAUUCCUGCCUCCGGGCUUAGGAGUAUCGCUGCUGUUGUGCUUCGAAAUUGGAAAGGAAAGAUUGUGGAUGGCCUUGCAAAGUCGGUUCAUGUUAGGACCAGUCUCGGAGGGGAGCUCCAUGCCAUUAGAGCUGCCUGCGAGAUGCUGAUCAGUUUGGACCUAAAGGAAGUGGAGGUGGAGUCCGAUAGCCAGCAGGCAAUCCAUCUAAGUGUGUCGGAAUUAGUGCCUCCUUGGGAUGUCAAAACUUUGGUGAUGGACAUUAGACAUUUUGCAAAGGAAGGAAAUCUUCUUUUCAAGUGGGUUCGAAGGGUCGCAAACAGAAUGGCACAUAAAGUUGCUUUUUUAGCUUCAAGAAACUCUCUUCCAUGUAAUUAG